AUGAAGCUGUGGACUCAAGAUGACGAAGACGCUGCGGUGCCAUUAAGCCCAAAGUUGAGGAAGAUUGUGUUCGUGAAUAGUUCCGCAUCGCUUGUCCCGGCACCUGGCUACCUAGCAUACUCCGGCCCAAAGAGCACGUACGCCGUCCAAUGUAUCUUUGCGCACAACUUCAUCACGCCAACCUUUCUACAAGAGCAAAAGACUAAACCCGAACUCACCAAGCGCAUCGAAGGCACGUCGGGCGAGCUUCACGAAUUAGAGAAGCAGUUUCCCUACGCUGCGAAGAUUGCGCCCGAGAUUGUGGCAAAUGUAGCGAGCGGCGACUAUGCUGUAUGUGAUGGGAGAUUCGAUCCUCAGCUAUUGUGGGCGAAUGCUAUGGGUGCGAGUCCGCGGCGUGGAUGGGGGAUCGUGGACACGCUGAUGGCCAUGUUUAUGCUUCUCGCGUGGCCAUUCGUGAGGCGUGAUAUGGAGAAGAAGUGUUGGGGUGAUGCGUUGGGUGCAAAACAGGAUGAAGAUACGAAAUCAUGA